AUGUCCGUGCUUUUAAAAAGAAGUUUCUUUCUGACCAGAGAAGUUCUAAAUGCCUAUUGGAGGAAAUGUGUAAUUAUAGAAAACUAAAGAAAAUAAGUUGUCUGUAACUUUGCUACCCAGAAGUUAACCACUGUUGGCAUUCUGGCACAUAUUUUUCUCAUCUUCUGCAUUCUUUUUUUUUUUUUUUUUUUUGGUUGUCAUAUAAAAAAACACUUCUGUGAACCCUGUAUGUAAAUCCUUGUUGCUGGUUUAUUUCCUUAAGAUAGAUCCUAGAAAGGAAUUACUAAUCCAAAAGCUUAUGAAGUUCUUAAGGAUUUUAACUCAUCUUGCCAAGCCACAUUCUGGAAAGAAUGCACUAAUCUAUACUCCAGCAGCAGAGACCUCAUUUAGAACCCACCGCAGAUUACCAGAGGUCAGAAUUGUCUGUCAUUUUCAGAUGCCUGGAGUCUGCUCUGUUAUCUGUAGAGGGUGGAGGGGAAAUCUCCUUUAUUUAUUGAAACGCAUCCUGUAUUUAUCUGGACUUGCUGCUCUCUGGGCUAGAGCAGCGAGGGGAUGAGAGGAGAGGGGCAGACAGCUCUGCCUGGCAUCAAGGAGCCUUGGACUUGGCGUAAGGCUGAGGCCGGGGGCUUGGGUAGCCCGUUUGGAUUGGAUUCCAAGUCACCUCGCUGAGAGGAUGCCUCUGAGAGCGAGGAGGAGCACGAUUAAGAUUUAUUUUCCUUCGCAAGUUUUUUGAAGGGAGCCUGCCUUCUCGGGACCGGAGAAGGAGACCAGUACUUUAGUCGAUUAGUGAGAUGAGAGGGGGCUGCCGUCGCCCUUUGACAUCCUCGUCCAAACAGUGCGCCUCCUGCAGCCCCCUUAAGCCCACCUGUGCCCCCUCUUAUCCGGGACCCUCUUACGCCCGCCCCUGGGCAGCCGCCCCUCCCCCGAGGCGUGGCCCCUCGGUCAGUGGUGGGCAGGGUAGCUGGACCCUGGGGCCAACCGGCUUCUUUCUUCCUUCCCUCCCAUCCUGGCUCCCGCCCGCCGGCUCCGGGACCACAGCCACGUCUGAAAGCUCUUCAUUGUGUGCGCUCCGCUCCGGGCGGGCAGCGCGGAACAGCGCGCGGGCCGCUGGCGGCCGCACAGGUAGCGCAGGGCCGCGGGGCUGGUUCCCUACGCCGUGGGUCUCCAGGUGCCUCCAAUAAGUUGGUAUCCGUAAAGCCUCAUCCCUGCCAUCUCCGGGUAUCCCUUAGUAGCCUUGGGACCCUACGGAGCAAAGCAGCCCCUGCGGACUCCCAGUGAAGAGACGGCAGACUGUGGAGUGGAGCGUGGAAGAGACGACAAGCCUUUGCCGAGCCUCGGGAGCCGCGCCAGGACCUGAGGGCCCUCCAGCAUCUUCCAUGGAUUUGUGAUUGAGGUGGGCAGCUAUCCCAGCAGCCCUGGGCAGUGGCUUCGGCCAGCAGCAUGUGGCUGCCACGCAUCUCCAGCACCGCAGUGACCGUGCUCUUGCUGGCGCAGACGGGCCUCCUGCUCUUCCUGGUCUCCCGGCCCAGGCUGACAUCCCCAGCGAGUGGCGAGGAGCGAGUGCACGUGCUGGUGCUGUCCUCCUGGCGCUCAGGCUCGUCCUUUGUGGGCCAGCUCUUCAGCCAACACCCUGAUGUCUUCUACCUAAUGGAGCCUGCGUGGCACGUGUGGUCCGCCCUGUCACAGGGCAGCGCGCCGGCGCUGCACAUGGCAGUGCGUGACCUGGUGCGUUCGGUCUUCCUGUGUGACAUGGAGGUGUUUGACGCCUACCUGCCGUGGCGUCGCAACCUCUCCGACCUCUUUCAGUGGGCGGUGAGCCGCGCACUGUGCUCACCACCAGCCUGCAAUGCCUUUCAGCGUGGAGCCAUCAGCAGCGAGGCCGUGUGCAAGCCGCUGUGUGCACGGAGGCCCUUCAGCCUGGCCCAGGAAGCCUGCCGCUCCUACAGCCACGUAGUGCUCAAGGAGGUGCGCUUCUUCAACCUGCAGGUGCUCUACCCACUGCUAACCGACCCAGCGCUCAACCUGCACAUUGUGCACCUCGUGCGGGACCCGCGGGCGGUGCUGCGCUCACGUGAGCAGACAGCCAAGGCACUGGCACGUGACAAUGGCAUCGUACUGGGCACCAAUGGCACGUGGGUGGAGGCCGACCCGGGCCUACGUGUGGUGCGCGAGGUGUGCCGCAGCCACGUGCGCAUCGCUGAGGCUGCCACCCACAAGCCACCGCCCUUCUUGCGUGGCCGCUACCGACUGGUGCGCUUCGAGGACCUGGCGCGAGCACCGCUGCCGGAGAUCCGCGCACUCUAUGCCUUCGCUGGCCUGAGCCUCACGCCGCAGUUGGAGGCCUGGAUCCACAACAUCACUCAUGGGUCCGGGCCUGGCGCGCGCCGCGAGGCCUUCAAGACCACGUCCAGGGAUGCACUCAAUGUCUCCCAGGCCUGGCGCCAUGCGCUGUCCUUCACCAAGAUCCGCCGCGUGCAGGAGCUGUGUGCUGGCGCACUGCAAUUGCUGGGCUACCGGCCUGUGUUUUCCGAGGAUGAGCAGCGUGACCUCUCCCUGGACCUGGUGUUGCCGCGUGGCCCGAGCAGCUUCAGCUGGGCAUCAUCCACCAACAAGCACCCCGGGCCUUAGCAGUGGGCCCCAGCUGUGGAGGAAACUAUGGUGUGGAGGGAACCGGGAAACACGGUGCACAGGCCAGUGCACAGGCCGUUACUGCAGUGGCCUGGAGUUCGGGCGUCCUCCCUUGCAUUAGGAUAGGGCCGCAUCCCCCAAACUCCGUGUUUCCUUAUUGCCAUUGCUUGGUUUUCCUUCGAGCUCUCUUUCCCAGCCAAGUUCCCAAUAGGCACAUUCUUCAUGGAAAGCAAAGCUCCUGCCCCCACUUCCUCUGGGCACUGGGAAUAGUUCAGACGACUUGGCUUCUACUCAAUCUCUUCCUUUCCUCUUAUCUCUCUCCUCCCUCAGAUGAUGCAUCACCCAGCAGCUGAGAAGGGUGUCUCCUCCCUGUUUGGGAGUGGAGGAGUACUGCAGUGGGCUGGGUCCCAAAGUCUGUACAUCUAUGUGCUCAGACACACCUCAGACUCCAUUGUCCCCAUGUCCCUGGCACCAUACUCCAACAAAGCUGUUGACAUUUACAUCCACUUGUAUCUUCAGCAAAAAAUCAGACCAGAUGCCUCUUAUCUUGUGGUCUUCUCCCUAGUCUCUCUCUGCCCCAUCUCCCAGGAGCCCACACCCCCCCAUCACCUGCCCAGGUAAGGCAAACCUUUGAUUUGUCCUGAUAGGAAAGAUCCUACAUACAGAAAUAAACAUAAUUAACCUGUGUGAUACAGGUUAGAGUUUACAGCCUGUAAAGUUUGACAAGCAACAUGCCAGAGUGAAGGGACUUGUCCAAGGCCACACAGUAAGAAGGAGAAUGAAGGGAGGAGGAAGAUUUUGCUAAAUUAGGCUUGCAGGGACCUGUCUCCUGGACAAAGAUGGGUCAGGUUUUCCUAUCUUAUUUGUCCUAGGGAAGAACAGUCAGCCAUGGCUAGAACCACAAGUGUGCAAUACAGAAAGUGGUCAGCUCUGGGUCCUGGGUAAGGAAUCUGGAGUCUCCUAGAUAAGUCUGGAGGGACGCAGAGAGGAGCAAAGGUGGAGGGAGAGAAGGCUGGGAAGGUCUGGGCGGCAAGCCAGGCAGAGCGUGUGGUGGAACAAGAGGUUGGCAGCAGGAUCAGUGCUUGGAGGGCAGGUCACAGGGUGAGUGUAACUAGAUCAGGUUUGCUGCGAGCACAGGAGGGGGGCGGGGGAAGGCUCUGUCUUCCUUUGGUCAUUCCAGGCCAAAGCCCUAGAGGAGAGUGGAGUAGGAUUCCUAACUGCAACUGUAACACCUAGCUCAGGCUGCAAAAUCUUAUUAAAGAGAUGCUGGCUGUGUAGAGGGCUUAGUACUGAGCUUAAAAAAUGACUAAAAGGAAAAAAAGCUCACAAAACCUUUAGGAAGCUCAAGGCAGCGGAUUUGAGACCACACAAAUGGAAUAUACCAAAUUCCACUGAGCCAGAGAGUUGGUCUGGGGCCUGACAGUUGCCACCAGAACUACGGUACCAAUUACCUCUGGAAAUAAGGGAGCUGUCCUUACUGUUGCCAUCAGCUGCCAGGAGGGGUUGUGGAGGGUGCUAGCUUCUGAUUCUUAGAUGUGACUUUAGAUUGGUGGGACCUGGAUUAUGGACCCACAUCUUCACUGCAAAGCAGGCAGGGCAAGGAGGGCAUGGCAUUUUCUGCUUAUUUUCUUGCACAGAUCGGUGAUAUAUUGACCUUGAAGCUGAAGCUUCAGGACUCCUCAUUGGAGGAUCCAUCAAGCCAUAGGGGCUUCAGGCUCCAUAAAACCUAGGUCUGCCCCUGCUCACAAUAUCAUGGAGCAAGUAUUUAAAAAAACCCAGAUUUAUUAAUAGGAGCUCUGUGACAUAGAAAGGCUAGGGUCACAUAGCUUAAUUUUGGGGGUAGGACUCAAACACAUCUUUGACUUCAAUACUUCUAACAAGUAAACCAAACUGGGCAUGCAGCAAAGACCCCGCCACAGCCUUGAGAAGCUAGAUCAUUUCUCCCUGGUGAUGACAUAGAUCCCUGGGUAUUGGGGAGUGGUCCUGGCAUUUGGCUGCAAAUAUCUCAAGGAUCAGAAUGUUGAGGGGUAUGGUGGGUAAGUGCUGAGGCGUUGGGCCCCUGCCACUAGGCUCCUUUCCUUCCUGCAUUCCUCCCUGUCCUCUGCCCUCUGCUGGCCCUGCCUGAACAGAGUACACUGGAGUGGAGGACCCAGCCUAGGGACAUUCCCAGGCAACGGGGCAUGUUUAGACAAAGGAGGGUGAGCAAGAGGUUCAUGGUGCCAGAAGCCAAGAACGUGGAGACUGAUCCCUAGUGAGGUCCAGGAGGAAGGCUUUAGGGUCAGGCUCAGACCCAGCCUGAUUGUGGCAUCUCACAAGUUGCAUUUGCCUCUGCUAGGUCACGAAUUGUAUCAGUGACUAUAAUUAUUGGCCUUUACUAUAAAGUUCAUCUACUCUCACCUGACUCCUGAGGACCCAGGAUGAGGAUGACUGGCUCCCAGACUGCUCCGUGCAUAUCAGGCACUCUGGGCAAGCUUCUGGGUGAGUUCCCUGGCCCUGGGGUGAAACUAGAGCGGGUUCGGGACAGACAGGCAGUACCCAGUUGAGUGCCCCAAUGAGUCAGGCCCAGUACCAGGCUCUGGGGACAUAGUGAGGGACAGAGCAGUCACAGCCCUUACUCUUGUGGGGAGUGCAGACCCUAUGUAAAUAUCCCCAUAGGUAAACAUGCAACUUAAAUGUUGGUUGUGCCCUAAGAAGAAACAAUAAGAAUGGGUAGACCUAUUGUACUUUAGCAUGGGGAGUCAGAAAGACCUUUGAAACAUUUGGUUUAAAUAAAUGAAGGAGGAAUAGGAGUUUACCAAGUACAGGAUGAAGGAACAGAAACAGAGAAAGACAGGGAUUGGUCCGUGGCUCAAGGAACCUUGGCUUGUUGGUCCCCUUGGAAUCAAGUUUCCUUGACAAAACAAAAGACAUACUCCUGAGAAUCCAGGUUCUUGGGAUGGGAGAAGCCCCCAGGAGAUGCCUGAAUUUGCCUGUCUAUAGCAGUUCCUAAAAGAACUGCUGGAUCAGAGCGUUUAUGUUUGAAAUGUGAAACUGUCCAAUUACUCUGGAAAUAGAGUACCAAUUCCUACCUGGAAUGGGGUCAAGAAUGCCUUUGUCACCUUCUUACUGACAACUCCCACCCUUACCUAUAUAGGGUCAAAUCAAUCAUUUUUAUUCUCACCUAGCUGAUGGAAUAUUACUCAGUGCUUUAAAAAUGAGCUAUCAAGACAUAAAAAGAAAUGGAGAAAACUGAAAUGCUUAUCUCUAAGUGGAAGAAGCCAAUCUGGAGGAUUCUAACUAUAUGACACUCUGGAGAAGGCAAAACUGUAGAGACAGUAAAAAGAUUAGUGGUUACUAGUGUCUGGAAGGGGCAGGGAAGGGGUGAAUAGAUGGAACACAGAGGAAUUUUUGACAGUGAAAAUACUCUAUUAUAAUAAUAAUAAUGGAUAUAUGUCAUUAUACAUUUGUCCAAACCCAUAGAACAUACAGCACCAAAAGUGAACUCGAAGGUAAACUACAGACUUUGGGUGGUUGCGAUGUGUCGGUGUAGGGCCAUCCUUGGCAACAAAUGUACUACUCCAGUGAGUGAUGUUGAUGAUGGGGAAGCCUGUGAAUGUGUGGGGGGAGGAGACAUAUGGGAAAUCCCUGUGCCUCCCUUUCAAUGUUGUAAACCUAAAACUGUCUUAAAAAAAAUAAGUCAAAAAAAAAAAGAACUGGAGAAAAAAAAGCUUUGGUAUCCUCAGGAGGGUGUAGGAGUGCUGCUAAAAUGAGAGGGAUGGCCAACUGCACAAGAGACUGAAGCAACUACUACAGACUAGACUCUGAGUUUUCCCAGGGUGGCAAGUCCUUCAGCUGAUUCAGUAUUUUCUCCCUUGAGGAUAACGUUGGAGAUCUUGGUUGGCCCUGCAAUUCUGGCACUAUUGUGAUCAUAGGCUUCAAGUCCUCCAUACCCAUUCAUUCAUUCAGUACACACUAUGGGUUGAGCACCAACAAGUGCUAAGGGCAAAAGUAAGGAAGGAUCAUGGAGAUUAGAGAUGUGUAUGUGUAGGGGUGUGAGUUGUAAUUUCAACUCACUGACAGAAGAAACAGUACCUUCUUCACCCUGCCAUUAAAAAUUUGAGCUUCUUAACCACUUUGUCUAUAGCUUAAAAUCAAUUCCCUUAUCCUUUCUGAGGACACUCUUCUUUCUGUUCUAAUCUGAUGAGGUGUUCAGUAGGACUACUGCGCAGAAGUCCGUCUACACCUCCAGGUUAAAUCUACCAUUUCUUGUAUUGCACAUCUUUCUCUUUCUUGGUUGUCACUCUUUUGCUUCACUGGAAUAUAUACUCAGCUCCCUUAGAAAGGGCACAUGAAACACAUUUUCUCUCUUUUUAUAAGAAGUUUUU